CGCACUAGAGUCCUGGCCAGCGCGCAGCCUUCCCGGCGCCGGCUAGCUGGGUCUUGGGAAUUCUCGCUUGCUACGGGCUCCCCUCAUUUUCACAACCCACUGGAUCUUACAUGCUUCUGUCAUCCCCUCACUUCCACCACAUGUCCCUAUGCUCCCGGGCCAGCAACAGGACGAGUUCACUGGAUGUCAGCUGAGUUACUAAAGUAACUCCAUGUCAGUAGGAAGACCUUGGUAGAACCCCAAGGCUUUUGGAAACUCCCAUCUUGCAGUUUUUAUUAUUAUUAUUUUUUUGGUGUGUGUUCUCACUGAACAUUCAAAACUGUUUCUCCAAAGGGUUUUGCAAAAACUCGGACUGUUUUCCAAAGCAGAAGCACUGGCGUCCACAGCAGAAGCGAUGGGCAGUGUGCGAACCAACCGCUAUAGCAUCGUCUCUUCGGAGGAAGAUGGCAUGAAGUUGGCCACUAUGGCAGUGGCCAACGGCUUUGGGAAUGGGAAGAGUAAAGUCCACACACGUCAACAGUGCAGGAGCCGCUUUGUGAAGAAAGAUGGGCACUGCAAUGUCCAGUUCAUCAAUGUGGGCGAGAAGGGACAGCGGUACCUAGCGGACAUCUUUACCACCUGCGUGGACAUUCGCUGGCGAUGGAUGCUGGUGAUCUUCUGUCUGGCGUUCGUGCUCUCCUGGCUGUUCUUCGGCUGUGUGUUUUGGUUGAUAGCUCUGCUCCACGGGGAUCUGGAGGCAUCUAAGGAGAGUAAAGCCUGUGUGUCGGAGGUCAACAGCUUCACGGCUGCCUUCCUCUUCUCCAUUGAGACCCAGACAACCAUCGGCUAUGGCUUCAGGUGCGUCACGGACGAGUGCCCCAUCGCUGUGUUCAUGGUGGUGUUCCAGUCCAUCGUGGGCUGCAUCAUCGACGCCUUCAUCAUCGGUGCCGUGAUGGCAAAGAUGGCAAAGCCCAAGAAAAGAAAUGAGACGCUCGUCUUCAGUCACAACGCUGUGAUUGCCAUGAGGGACGGCAAACUGUGCCUGAUGUGGAGGGUGGGCAACCUGCGGAAGAGCCACCUGGUGGAGGCUCAUGUCCGAGCCCAGCUCUUGAAGUCCAGGAUCACUUCAGAAGGGGAGUAUAUACCCCUGGAUCAGAUAGACAUCAAUGUUGGCUUCGACAGUGGGAUUGACCGCAUAUUUCUAGUGUCCCCCAUCACCAUUGUCCAUGAGAUUGAUGAAGACAGUCCUUUGUAUGAUUUGAGUAAACAGGACAUCGACAAUGCAGACUUUGAAAUCGUUGUCAUCCUCGAAGGCAUGGUGGAAGCCACUGCCAUGACCACGCAGUGUCGGAGCUCUUACCUGGCCAAUGAAAUCCUUUGGGGUCACCGCUAUGAGCCAGUGCUCUUUGAGGAAAAGCACUAUUACAAAGUGGAUUAUUCAAGGUUCCAUAAAACCUAUGAAGUACCCAAUACACCCCUGUGUAGUGCAAGAGACUUAGCAGAAAAGAAAUAUAUCCUCUCCAAUGCUAAUUCAUUUUGCUAUGAAAAUGAAGUUGCCCUCACAAGCAAGGAGGAAGACAGUGACAAUGGGGUCCCGGAAAGCACCAGUACAGAUUCACCUCCUGACAUAGACCUCCACAACCAGGCCAGCGUACCUCUAGAACCCAGGCCAUUACGGCGAGAAUCAGAGAUAUGACUGACCGAUUUCCUUCUCUGGGGUAUUUACUUCACAACACUGUCUGAUGGUCAGAGGCGUAAAACCCUUACACAGACCACGGUACUGGUCAAGAGGUGGGUGAAGGCAUGUGGCCAUGAGGGACUUGGGCUAGCACCAGGGUUUCCAGGAAAGACUGUCGGCUUGGUGGCUGGUGACUGAUGUCAGGCCCUGCAGGAGCCUCCCCAUGACCCUGUGGCACAUAUCUGUUGUAGAAUAAGUUAUGUAUUGUUUUGUGUUUUUAACAAAACUUGAAUCUGCAGGCAAGCCUUGGUUGGGUAUUUUUGAAUUAUCUGGAAUGCUUCUCUUUUAGGGGAACAAGAAUGUUUUUAAUGGCGUCACAGAGGCAAGAUUCUGCCUUAAUAUUUUGAAAAGCUGCUAACUACAUGGACACGAAUUGUAUUUUUGUCGCAGUGUAGUUUUUCUUUAUGUAAUUUAAAAAAGUCAGUGUUGAACUUUGUUGAAAGCACAUGACGUGCUUCAAAGUGGCAAGUAUUUGGCUAUUAACUGCCAAAAUGAGAGCCUGAUUUUCUGAGGCCAGUAAUAUGCUUGCUAGAAUUAAUCCCUCCCACACACUGUCUCCCCCCCCCUCUCUUCUCUCUCCCUCCUCUCUCUCUCUCUCUCUCUCUCUCUCUCUCUCUCUCUCUCUGUCUCUCUCUCGUUACAUAAGGGCAUUAUGUAACUUUAGCCAAAUGGUAGCCUCUGGGUUUUAUUUUUUUUUUCCCUCUCCAUAAUGUUAAUGGAUUAUCUCAAAUUUUAAGUUAGACUACCUAAAAUAAAUACCAAAGAUAAUGCACAUUUUUGCACAGUGGAGUUUAUAUGAAAAAGUGGGGGGGGGGGGUUGAGGUAGAGCCCCAUGGGUUUUUCUUGAGAUCAAGAAAUGAUAACUUUGAACCUCAGCAGGAUCUUGAACCAUUCAUUUUGCACCUUGGUCAGAAAACAGAGCAAGAAACACACCGUCUAAUGUGUGUACUGCUUUUAAUUUUUUUUUUCAUGUAUACUUCUUAUAUGAGGAGGAAGAGGUAGAAGAGAAAGGAAUCAGAAAAAGUAAGCACAAAUUUUCCUUACAUACACACACUUAGCAUCUUUUCUUUCCUGACUGGUAGUGAUGGUUGGGCUAAUGUAGUCAAGGGAGAAAUGGUUACAGAUACAUAGACCUUUUUUUUUUUUUCCUGAGUUUUUUGAACAUUCCAGAAUGUGUUUCAUAAGAUCAGCCCUUGGUUGAAUGUUGUGACUCUCCUAGCCCCUCUAAUCAGCCAUCCAGCGUGAAUGAUAACUGGAUUUCAGCUUCUGUAGAUGAAAUUAUUGUUAAGGCGUCUUUGUCUUAGUGUCCCCUUAGGAAAGUUUCCUGGUCUCUAGGUUUGUUCUGAUCAGCCUGGAGUGAGUGGUACAGGGGCAGCAAGGGAUGACAAGUCCAAAGAGAAGGACGUCCACAGGGUACAGAUAAGCCACUCUGAUGAGCACUUCAGCUCAAGUAUUCUGGAAAGAGAGGAAAGUUGCCUUGGUUGUGGCAAAGGGUAGGGAAAAGAAUGUGUCGGUAUUUAAGGACAAAGACAACAAUUACAACUUAACACGAUUCCCAGAGAUGGAGUUACUAGCAUUAAGAGGAUUUCUUCCCUCUGCGCAUGCACACUCUUUAUUAAUGGGAGCCUACCGAGCUGUCUUGCAGAGAGAACCGUGGAGUAGGCUGUUGAGGAGAUGUGGUUCUCCAGAAAUCCCUUCUGCUUGGCCGCCUACCUUCCUGGAAACUUCAUUAAUUUUCAAUUUCCCCAUUAUAACCCCAGAAUAGAUCUAUGUUUUUGUCUUGUGAAUUCUGGGGUUGCUGAUUUUCAUUUCCAAUUGGAAUCUCAAAAUCAACUCUCAUGGUAUUACAUCCUGGUAUGCCAUUAAAAAAAUAAAACAAACAGCUUGUUCUAGAAUCAUGUACUUCCUUGUAAAUUCAUGUGUGUGAUGGUGUCCCAUUCUCUGAGGAGAACCUUAUCUGAACACAGUGCCUGCAAAAUGCUAAUGGUUGCUAUUGUUUGCAAUGUUCCAAGUGGAUGGAGAACGGUGGUGUUACUGUCCUUAAACCAAGAAAGAUACUAAGCUUGUGGUUGUGGGUUUUUCUUUUCUUUUUUAAAAUGUCCUUAUUUAAAGGCAAGUUUGAGAUGUUGGAAGAGUUGGAGGAUUAGGGAGGCUAGAACUCACAGGAGAGAUAACAAUUUGACCUUUGACAAUGAGAGACAAUUGAGGGCCUGAGUCACUGCUACUGUGAUGCUUAGCAAAGGAAAAAAAUUAAAAAAAAAAAAAUAACCAAACCAAAGAGUAUUCAGUGGAAUGUAAUCUACAUGAAGAUGAAGAGGAAAAGUGGCUGACCAGGAAGGAGCUCUACCCCCAAACACACAGUGCCACCAAGAGAGACCUGAGGUAUUUGAAAGGGGCUGGGGGACUUGAAGAGCAGGGGCAAGAAAGAAGGAGGGGAGUCUUUCAAACUAUUUCUGAAAAAGAGGGAAAAAAUUUAAAAUAUCUGGUGCAUAGGUUUGUUUUCUUUUUUCUUUUUCAAGAAAAUUUUGCAGAAGCUAUGUUUUUAAAGUGUACAUUUUAUAAAGUUUAUCAGAUAUUUUCAUAUUUAAAGCCAAAUGUAAAUAGAAAUCUGUAAAGGAAAACAAAUGCCAUAGAAAGUAUAAUUUCAGCAGCAGUUUUUUGAGAGCUCAUAUCUAUAUGCUACCGGUUAGCAUGGUUUUAGCAAGUAUUUCCCGGCCUUAUAAAGUUCGUUUUGCUAUGUUCUUUUGUUAUUUAUUUCAGCAUGGACUGUUUAUUUGAGAGCUUUUUUAUAGUUAUUAGUGUCUUAAUAGUUAUGAGCUUUAAAUGGCUUUUUUUUUUUUUUUUUUGAUCAAGAGCCAGGACAUAGGUAACGCACAACAGUCAUUGUUGGGUGUUACCUUCAACACAUGUCUUUAUUUGACUGCGUCUCCCAGACUAGGGCCCACAAGCUACUCGGACACAGACUGAAGAGACUCACCAUGUAAAUCUGGUACCCAGAGGCUUGUUGCUUCUCUAUUGUGAGCAAAUCCCUUUAGGGUGAAUUCCCUUUUUUGAAGAAUGGUUGCCCAGAUUGGGAUAGGAGUUAUAUUUUUUGGGGGUGUGGGGUGGGGGGAGGCAUAGAUUCCUGGUUAUUCUAUUUUUAAAUAAAAGGCAGACAAAGUAAAUUCUAUUUUGACUAUUGAGAAAGGCAUAGUUUUCUAUCCCUCUAAGAGUAUACUUGAAUCAGACAUUUUCAGGAGGUCACUAUAGCACUGUAGUCAUUUCCAAAUGCCUAGCAAAAGUUAGACUUUGAUUUUUGUUACAUCCAUUCAUUAUUUUUGUUCCUUUCUUUCUUCCCCGUGUACUCCCUCCCCAAAUCUUGAUGUGUAUUAGAUAAACUCUGUCCCCCAAAUGAUGUUCCCCUUGCAGAUAAUAAACAUCAGCUUUUAUUUUAUGGUAAGGCAGUCCGUAAGAGCAAACAGCUUGUCCUGGGAAGUGGAGUGAGCUCUUUUUCAUUCUAUUUAAUAAUAUUAAGCUGAUUUUUUUUUUUUAAGUUUUGCAUUGUUACCACCUCACCCCCAAUCUUCAGCAAACUGAAACUCUUUGCUGUGAAUAUGAGUUUUGAGCUCUGGGCUCUGGCAUGUUGAACAUUUCUGGCCGUUGACAAUCAUGAUAGUCAUUAUUUUCUCAUCUGCCAUCUUUUUCGUAUCUAAAGUCUUCCUAUUAUACUGCACAAACCAUGGAUUGUAAAUAUUUUUUAUAUAUUAUGUCUUAUUUUAUUAUUUCUAAAUAAAAGUUGAAAAUUGCAAGUA